GCGGGGGCGGCGACGGCGGGAGCGGCAGUGGAGGCGGCGGCGGGUCCGGCGGCGGCGGCGGCGGCGGCAGGUGGCCCCGCGCGCAGCGGCCGGCCCGGCCGGGGGCGGGCGGGAAGGUGGCGCCUCGGGCGGGGGCCGGUCCCUGCACCAGGUGACCUGUUCCGGCCCGGAUCCGGGCGGCCUCGCCAUGCAGCGGCGCGGCGCGGGGCUCGAGUGGCCACGGCGGCAGCAGCAGCAACAACCCCUGCCGCUCGCGGCCGGCCCCCGGGCCGCAGCCAUGGCCCCCCCGAGUGGCGGCGUCCCCCCGGGCCUCGGCGGGCGCCCUGCCUGCGCGCUGCUUCUGCUCUGCUACCUGAAUUUUGUACCAUCUUUGGGUAGGCAGACUUCCCUGACGACGUCGGUGAUACCCAGAGCUGAGCAGAGCGUGGCUUACGAAGACUUUAUUUAUUUCACUGUCUUUGAAGGAAAUGUUCGCAACGUUUCUGAAGUCUCGGUGGAGUACUUAUGCUCUCAGCCUUGUGUUGUCAAUUUGGAAGCAGUGGUUUCAUCUGAGUUCAGAAGUAGCAUUCCCGUGUACAAAAAAAGGUGGAAGAAUGAGAAACAUCUUCACACCAGCAGGACACAAAUAGUACAUGUGAAAUUUCCAAGCAUCAUGGUUUAUAGAGAUGAUUAUUUCAUCAGACACUCCAUUUCGGUAUCUGUGGUGAUACUACGCGCCUGGAUUACUCACCGAUAUAGCGGUGGAGACUUGAAUGUUAAAUGGGAGGAAAACUUGCUACAUGCUGUAGCGAAGAAUUAUACCCUGCUGAAGACCAUCCCACCUUUUGAACGCCCUUUCAAAGAUCAUCAGGUGUGCCUUGAGUGGAACAUGGGUUAUAUUUGGAACCUUCGAGCAAACAAGAUUCCCCAGUGUCCUCUCGAGAAUGAUGUGGUCACCCUCCUGGGCUUUCUCUUUGCCUCCAGUGGAGAAAACACAGGCAUUGUGAAGAAGUUCCCGAGAUUUCGGAAUCGAGAGCUAGAGGCCACCCGACGCCAGCGGAUAGAUUACCCAGUGUUUACUGUUUCACUGUGGCUUUAUUUACUCCAUUAUUGCAAGGCCAAUCUCUGUGGGAUUCUGUAUUUUGUUGAUUCUAACGAGAUGUACGGCACGCCUUCUGUAUUUCUUACUGAAGAGGGCCACUUGCAUAUUCAAAUGCAUCUUGUCAAAGGAGAAGACCUUGCUGUAAAAACGAAAUUCACCAUACCCUUGAAGGAGUGGUUUCGCCUGGAUAUCUCUUUUAAUGGUGGCCAGAUAGUAGUAACCACCAGCACUGGACAGGAUUUGAAAGACUACCAUAAUCAGACCAUUAGCUUCCGAGAGGAUUUCCAUUAUAAUGACACUGCUGGGUACUUCAUUAUUGGAGGGAGCAGGUAUGUGGCCGGCAUUGAAGGGUUUUUUGGACCCCUGAAGUACUAUCGCCUCCAUGCUCUGCACCCUGCACAGAUAUUCAAUCCCCUACUUGAGAAGCAACUUGCUGAACAUAUCAAGUUAUAUUAUGAAAGGUGUGCAGAGGUUCAAGAAAUAGUAUCUGUGUACACAUCCACAGUACAGCAGGGGGACAGGAGACAAGAAGCAUGCGACCUCCGGAAUUCCUACCUGGACCUGAAGCUCAGGUACGGGCGGCCCUCGACAUGCAGAGCCCUCCUCUGGGAGAAGGAGCUGAAAGCCAAGCACCGAAGCUUGUUCCAGACCUUGCUGGAGAUGGGUUUGGUGACAGUGCUGAGGAACCAAAGUGAAUCCGUAUUAGAAAUUGGUGGGCAGAUAUUCGAGAAGGCUGUAAAGAGACUUUCCAUUGUUGAUGGUCUUCACCAAAUUAGCUCUGUCAUCCCCUUUCUGAUGGAUGCCAGCUGCUGUGGAUACCAUAAAGCAUCCUACUACCUCGCAGUCUUUUAUGAAACUGGAUUAAAUGUACCUCGGGAUCAGCUGCAGGGCAUGUUGUAUAGUUUGGUUGGAGGCCAGGGCAGUGAGAGGCUGUCUUCGAUGAACCUUGGGUACAAACACUACCAGGGUAUUGAUCACUACCCCCUGGACUGGGAGUUGUCCUACGCCUACUACAGCAACAUUGCCACCAAGACACCCCUUGACCAGCACACGCUACAAGGAGAUCAGGCAUACGUUGAGACAAUUAGACUAAAAGAUGAUGAAAUUCUCAAGGUACAAACCAAAGAAGACGGAGACGUCUUCAUGUGGCUGAAGCAUGAAGCUACUCGAGGCAAUGCGGCAGCUCAGCAACGGUUGGCCCAGAUGCUGUUCUGGGGCCAGCAAGGCGUGGCCAAGAACCCGGAAGCGGCUGUUGAGUGGUACGCCAAGGGCGCCCUGGAGACUGAAGACCCCGCGUUAAUAUACGACUAUGCCAUCGUGUUAUUUAAGGGUCAAGGAGUAAAAAAGAACAGACGGCUUGCCUUAGAGCUGAUGAAGAAAGCAGCUUCCAAGGGAUUGCAUCAGGCAGUCAAUGGCCUGGGAUGGUAUUACCACAAAUUCAAGAAAAAUUAUGCCAAAGCGGCUAAGUACUGGUUAAAAGCAGAAGAAAUGGGGAACCCAGAUGCAUCAUACAAUCUUGGAGUCCUGUACUUGGAUGGCAUUUUCCCAGGAGUUCCUGGAAGGAAUCAAACAUUAGCUGGUGAAUAUUUCCAUAAGGCUGCACAAGGCGGACACAUAGAAGGAACCUUGUGGUGUUCUCUCUACUAUAUCACAGGCAACCUGGAGACAUUCCCUCGAGAUCCCGAGAAGGCUGUUGUAUGGACAAAGCAUGUAGCCGAGAAAAAUGGCUACUUGGGCCACGUCAUUCGCAAAGGCCUCAACGCCUACCUGGAGGGCUCGUGUUAUAGGAACCCCAUUUCAUCCAGUUAUGGCAGCAGAGAGAGCCGACCUGAUACCUGACCUUGGGCCAGCAAGUCUACACCAUCUCCUUCCCUCAUCCAUCCAGUGGGGGAAACUGAGGCACUGGGGCAAACCUGAGUGUUUGAGAUUAUAAGACCUUUGGAACGGGACCUAAUUGUAGAAUGAUGGAGUCUUUCUGCCGAACUUCCCUCAAAUUUAGUUCCCCCAUUUGGGGUCUGCUCCAAGGUUUCUUGUCACCAAACACGAUACUUGCAAGCUAUGUAAGAAAAUGUCUGGGGGUCUUUUGUGUUGUUGCCGUUGCAGUUGUGGUUCUCUGAUGUGACUUGUCCUCGCAGGGGAAGCUGCUUAGCCAGCCUUGUCUCUUUAGCAUGAGUCAUGCCUAAUUGGUUGGCUGCCUUGGGUAUCUCGGAGGCCAGGAAACAGCGCACUCAGCAGCCACAUGGCCGUGACCUGCAGUAUGUCUGAUUGAAGGUCUGCCUGUCCUGAUUUGACCCCCCAGUCACCUCCCUCUGUCCCCACGGGAUGGCCUGCCAGGAGAUGCUUUAGCCUUGUAGAAAAGAUGACGUUUGGAUCCGUUUACUUAUUCCCCCAACACAACCUCCCCCCCCCCUUUCUUAAACCAUCUCCUAGAUGGAGCUAACAUUAAGAAAUAGCACUUAAUAUUAGCUACAGAAAAUGAAAAUAAGCUUUAGAAACAACAAUUUAUGGUUAAAAUGGAGGAAAUCAGAGAAGUAAAAAGAAAAAAAAAUCACUUGCCUUCUCACCACCUAGAGAUAAGUACCGUUAGCAUUUUGGUAGAUUCUUUUUUUCCUGCAUAUAUGUAUUCGCGUGUGUGUGUACAUGUGUGGAUUCAGUUUUAUUUUUGUUUUACAAAAAUGAAAUUGCCCUGUUUUUUAUCCUGUUUUUUUUUUGUUUUUUUUUACACAGUGGAAACUUUGGCAUAGACAUUUGUCUACGUCUUUGAAUACUCUUCUUCCACAUCAUUUUUAAGGGCCUCGUCUGAAAGUGGCUGAGCCUUGGGUUAAUUGAACUAGUCACUGAUUUUCAGAUAUUUGUUUCUUUUUUUCCCCCCAAUUCAUAGAAACAGCUCUGCCAUGACCUCUGUUGCCCCAGAAUCUUUGCACAUGUUUCUGAUUGUUUCUUAGAAUAAACCCUCAUGAGGCAGAACUGUUGGGCCAGGUGGUAUGUACAUUCGUAAGAGUCCUCACCCUUAACUAUCACAUUAAUUGGCUUCCCACUAACAGUGGUUGUAGGAAUAGGUCCAUUUUUCCCCAAGCUCUUGCCGUUAUCUGUAUUAUGAAUCAGGUGCCAGUCUCAACAAAUGAAAAGUGGUCUCAUUGUCUCGCAAUUAUUCAAUUACCAGUGGUGUCGAAUAUUUACUUUUUUCAGAUGUGUUUUUGGCCAUUGGUAUCAAGCCCCUUGCAAACUGCCUCUCCUUUGCCAAACUUCUGAUGUACCACAGAAGCUCAGCUUUAAUUAAGCUUGUUCAGAGUCGUAAGCCCCAUAAAGCCCUUCGCAAAACAGGACCCAAAAGUGCAGAGCUUUUUCUUAAUACCACUUAUCUCCUCUAAGCGAGGAUGGAAGAUGGAAGGAUUUCAAGGACCCAAAGCUAAUAGACAGCUCCCCAGCCAGCACGCGACGUACCAUUCGGCCAGUAGAGGUAGCUGUUGUAUCAACUAGCUCCCCAACCUUAUCUGUGAGUUCAGCCUUUUAAGAGAGAAAAUAAAUCAGUGCAUGCAGUAUUUUUAACAACAGUAUUUAUUUAAAAAAAAAAAAAAACCUCAUGAUUUUGUGGUUUUAAAAAAACUGCUUAUUUUGUGCCCUCUUACGUGUGAAUAUAAAGCUCUCUGUGAGUAUUAGUAAGAGCCACUCUAUGAAAUUUAUUAUUAAUCAUCUAUUUUUAGGCACGAAGCUUUGCUGUAUUAUGUUUUAGCAGCAGAAACUGGAAUUGAAGUGUCACAGACAAAUUUAGCUCACAUCUGUGAGGAGA